GCGCGAGGCCGGGGCGGCGGGGCUGUGUGGAGGGCGGCGUUCGCACCGUAACGGGAAGGCAGCGCGCCGCCGCGGCGCCCGUUUCCUCCGUUGCGUUCUCGGCGGCUGAGGCGGCCGGGGCCGCGCUCGCUGGUGGCCGGGGCGGCGGCGGGGUGAUGAUGGCGUACUUCGUGGAGAACUUCUGGGGGGAAAGGAACAAUGGCUUUGAUGUCCUCUAUCACAACAUGAAACAUGGACAUUUGUCAACAAAAGACUUAGCAGACUUUAUAAGAGAAAGGGCUACAAUAGAGGAGGCAUAUUCAAGGUCAAUGACAAAACUAGCCAAAUCAGCGAGCAAUUACACACAACUUGGGACAUUUGCACCGGUUUGGGAUGUUUUCAAAACCUCAACAGAAAAACUAGCAAGUUGUCACUUGGAUCUUGUGCGAAGAUUACAAGAGCUAAUAAAAGAAGUUCACAAGUAUGGAGAUGAACAAAUCAAAGCUUACAAAAAGACUAAAGAAGAUGUUUCAGGAACAUUGGAAGCAGUGCAAAAUAUUCAAAGUAUCACUCAGGCCUUACAGAAAUCAAAGGAAAACUACAAUGCAAAGUGUGUUGAACAAGAGCGUUUGAAAAAGGAAGGAGCAACACAGAGAGAAGUUGAUAAGGCAGCAGUUAAAACAAAAAAAGCUACAGAUACUUAUAAACUGUAUGUGGAGAAAUAUGCUGCAUUUAAAUCUGAUUUUGAACAGAAAAUGACAGAAACUGCACAGAAAUUUCAAGACAUUGAAGAAACACACCUUCUUCGCAUGAAAGACAUUAUAGAAUCAUUGUCAAAUACCAUAAAAGAAAUUCAUUUACAAAUAGGAGAGGUACAUGAAGAGUUUAUUAAUAACAUGACAAAUACUACAGUUGAGAGUUUAAUACAGAAAUUUGCUGAGUCAAAAGGAACUGGAAAGGAGAGACCUGGCUCUAUUGAAUUUGAAGAAUGUAACACAUCCAGUGCAGUUGAAGGAGUAAAACCACGGAAAAGAAAGCCUUUUGGUUUAUCAGGAAUCAUGAAAAAAGAAAAAGAUGCUGAAUCUGUGGAGUGUCCGGAUGCAGACUCAGUUAACAUUCCUGAUGUAGAUGAUGAAGGAUACAGCAUUAAACCAGAAACAACACAGGAUACCAAAGAGAACCAUUUCUAUUCAUCCAGUGAUUCUGACUCCGACGAUGAUGAACCCAGGAGGUUCCAUGUAGAAAUAAAACCUGUCCAGCCAAAUAAUAGCUCUCAAUAUACCAUGCCUUCCUUGGAUGAAUUAAAAGUAUCUAUAGGGAACAUCACCCUUUCUCCAGCAAUAUCUCAGAGACACAGUCCUGCACAAAUGAACCAAAAUUCAUCCAGUGAAGAGCUAACAAAAUCAAAGCUUUCUGCUCCAACUAAUGAAAAAGGGAACAGUGACCUCCUGACAUGGGAUCCGCUCUUCAGCAGUUCUCUUGAGUCUUCCUCUUCAGCUUCCUUGGCAUCCUCAUCCUCCUCAGCAAGGCCCACAACUCCUCUCUCUGUAGGCACCAUUGUACCCCCUCCAAGGCCUGCUUCAAGAACAAAGCUGUCUACUGGGAAACUUAGUGGGAUUAAUGAAAUACCUAGGCCAUUCAGCCCUCCGUUGACUUCUAACUCAAGUCCACCUCCUGCAGCUCCCUUGGCACGUGCAGAGAGCAUUUCCUCAAUAUCCUCUUCUGCAUCCCUCAGUGCAGCAAACACACCUACAGUUGAGGAUGAUCUUUUGAUUGGAAAUCUUCCCACAAUUGAAAAGCUUUGUGAGACACCACCAGGUGUUUCACGUGGUCCCAGCCCUGUCAGCCUUGGAAACCAGGACACCUUGCCUGUUGCAGUAGCCCUUACUGAAUCUGUUAACGCCUACUUUAAAGGAGCAGAUCCCACAAAAUGCAUUGUGAAGAUUACUGGUGAUAUGACUGUAUCAUUCCCAAGUGGGAUUAUUAAAGUCUUCACCAGCAACCCAUCUCCAGCUGUGCUCUGCUUCAGGGUGAAAAACACAAGCAAACUAGAGCAGAUUCUUCCAAAUGCACAACUUGUAUACAGUGAUCAGUCACAAAGUGACUCCAGUACUAAGGAUUUUUGGAUGAACAUGCAAGCUAUAACCGUCUACCUCAAGAAAUUAUCAGAGCAGAAUCCAUCUGCAUCCUAUUACAAUGUGGAUGUUUUAAAGUAUCAGGUAUCCUCAAAUGGCAUCCAGUCCACUCCCUUAAAUCUUGCAACUUACUGGAAAUGUAAUGCUAGCACUACUGAUGUGAGAGUGGAUUAUAAGUACAAUCCAGAGUCUAUGAAUGUGCCUAGUAUGCUCUCUAACGUCCAGGUUGUGGUACCAGUAGAUGGAGGAGUAACAAACAUGCAAUCACUUCCACCUGCAAAAUGGAAUGCAGACCAGAUGAAAGCGUAUUGGAAAAUAUCUAGCAUUUCAGAGAAGUCUGAGAAUGGAGGUUCUGGAUCCCUCAGGGCAAAAUUUGAACUUUCAGAAGGGCCCAGUAAACCAGCAACACUUGCAGUGCAAUUCAUUAGUGAAGGAAGCACCCUUUCUGGAGUAGAUGUAGAGCUUGUAGGCACUGGCUAUCGGCUUUCCCUCCUUAAGAAGAGAUUUGCCACUGGACGGUAUAUGGCAGAUUGCUGAUGUACCUGUGAAAGUCAUUGGAUCAAAGGAGUGCAAGAAGCUCACUCUGCCCCUCUUUACUUGUCAAACACUAUUUUAAUAUGCAUUAAUUUUUUUAAAAUGUUGACCUACUUUGAGGCUGAACUACGGAACAGGAAAUGCACUUUUAAAAGUCAUUUUGCGAACUUUUUAUUACUUUAUAAUAGCACUGAAGUUAACUUCAACACUGUCUGUAAAUGAUCAACUGCAAUAUUUGGGAAAAUUUGCUGAAAUUUUGGUAAAUUUCUAUAGAUGAAAUCAAAACAGUAAUCCAUAGUUGUAAUGGAAGUAUAAAAUUGUAUGUUAUACUGUAAGCAGUAAACCUAAAAAUGUAGGAGAUUAAGAAAUAUUUGAGGUUUCCAUAAGUAAUAUUAAUUUUUCAGAUUCUUCAACUGCCAGUUUUUAAAGAAAGCAGAGGCAAAGUCUCAUGUAAUUCUUGUAUCCACUCAUGCCACAAAACCAGCUGAGUUAGAGAUGUAUAAAAGAAAUGUACCUUGAUGCCCAUGUAUCAUAUAUUAUUAACAUAAAAGUUGUUUCAUAUAGGGUUUUUUCCUAAGUGCAAUGUGUUACAAAAUUGCAAAAGACAGCAGAGAUUUACUUCUGCAGUUAGUAAAUUUUAUGGGCAUUGUGAUUGUUUUAAUUAAUGGUGUAGAUUUAAUUUAUUUUUAUAUGAACUGCAUAACAUUUGUGCCUUUAAAAAAAGCCCGUGCCUAUCCAAUUUGUAAUUCAUGUGCCUCACUUCAUUUUUCAAAGUUUGGCUCUUCAUCAAGAAAGCACAGUGUUUGUAUAAUACACACAACUUUAUAAAAAUUUCUUUGACUGGGAUUUAUUUAGAAGGCACAUUUGCAAAGAGUUAAGAUUGUUUUAAAAGGAGUUUAAAAUACUGGAUUACUUCCUCAUGGAGUAAUUCCAAUAAAUGUGGCUGUAGUAAAGGGUGAUGCAUUAUGCAGGACUUCGAAACUUUGAGAUAGUAACUUUAAUGUCACCAAAGAUGAGAAUCCUGAAAAAUCUCCGAAGAUGGUAAAAGCAAACUUUCAAAAGCAAACAGCAUUUCCCUUCACUUUUACUGCAGGUCUUCAGACUGUGAGUGGUUUUGGGAUAUAUGAUGUGAAUGUAAACUUAAUACUUUGGCAGGAAUAGCAUUUUAGAAGUAUAUUUUAUGGCAGCAGGAUGACAAGUACUGCCAUUUAUAUUAGUUUAAUCUUUUUCUGUAACCACCAAUUUUAAUAUUUGUAUUGUCACCUAAUCUGCUUGCCACAGCCUAAGCACAGGGAAGUGACACAUAAGUAAUAUUUUUUAAAGCAAGUCACUAAUUUAGAAAAUCUUCUACGUAUUUCUAUCAAGUGUUUUUUCAGUGCUGAAAUCAAAAGUACUGGGGCAAACAGUAACCUGCCCAUGGGGAUAUAUGACUAUUUUGAAUACCUGUAUCUAUUUUAAGUUCUGUAUUAUAUAUAUGUUUUCAGUGAAACGUGCUUGAACUAAUUAAUGCAAAACCAGUAAUGAAUGGACUGAUGAAGCUUUACAAGAAAUUGAGCUUUGUAGAAGCUGCGUAAAUACUAAUGUAUACUACAACUUUCGCAGAUGAGAGUUCUAUUGUUAGCACUAAGCACAUACUGUACUGUAGAUUUGAUGGCAAGAGUAUAUUUGGCUUUUAAUUUGCUAAUCUGAUGGAAUGGUAAAUUCCUAACUCAUAAAAUGGUACAGUCUUUUUACUGGAAUCUUAAUUGUAAUCUGCUUUGCAAUCAAACUGUGUUUAACAAGACAAUAUUUUAUUAAUGAAAACCCAAAACUGCGUUGCUAUUUUUAAUCAAGUAUUACUUUCUUUUAUAAGUUAAAUGAAGUAGUUAUGUUUCAGCACUUUUAAACUAGCCUUCAUUCAGGUAAUUAUACAUACUUUUGCAUUGGGUGCAGGUUACAAUUUUGAAGCCAUACAAGUUUAUAUAGACUUUUUGUAAAGAAAUUCAAAAACAAUGUAAAAAGCACAUGUAGCUAUCUGAUAAAAGCAAAAACAAAACAUACAUAGCAAGCUGGUUCUUGCUUGUGUGUACAACAAUAUCCAUUGUAGCUGCCUCCUAAGAAAAUUAACUUGUAAACACAACUCUAAAGAAUCUGAAAUUUUAUGAAUUGUUAUUACAUCAGACUGUAAAUUAGAGCAUACAAGUUUAUCUUACAAAAAUUGUAAAUACUUCUGAUUUUUCAUAAAAUGUAAAUUUUUAAAAAUAUGCACCCAUAAUAAACAUGUAAUAUAUAAUUUA